CUGCCAGUAAAGGAGUUUUCAUUCAGAUUUUCCGAAGAGAAGUGAAGAAAUCUACAGAGUCUGGUGAAGAGCUUCUUUGAGCCAGAUGGAGCAUUAUUAGUUCUGCUUUUCUCAGCAUGGAUAAACCCUUUUCUCAAGAUGAAGAAACUGAGGCCUGGAACAGAGGUCACUUGCCUCCAGUCACACAGCAAAGUAAGGCUAGCAUUAAGACUAGAAUGAUUUUCUGAUGUUCCCUGAGGUCCAUGUAACUACAAGGGCUCCUCUUUAUCACCACAAGUGCCACUCUGACCCCAUAUCACUCAGAGCUCAAAAAUCAAGGCAAAAUGGAUGCCACAGUGAUAGAUGAUUUCCAACAAAUUCUGCCUAUUGAACAGCUGCGCUCUACUCAUGCUAGCAAUGAUUAUGUGGAACGGCCUCCAGCUCCCUGUAAACAGGCCCUCUCGAGCCCUUCCCUUAUUGUGCAGACCCACAAAUCUGAUUGGUCCUUGGCUACCAUGCCUACUGGUCUCCCCCGCAGUCUCAGCCAGUGCCAUCAAUUGCAGCCCUUGCCUCAGCAUCUGAGCCAAUCUAGUAUUGCCAGCUCAAUGUCCCAUAGCACCACUGCCUCUGAUCAAAGGCUUUUGGCCAGCAUUACACCCUCACCUUCAGGCCAGUCCAUUAUCCGAACCCAGCCUGGAGCAGGGGCCCACCCAAAGGCUGAUGGUGCUCUGAAGGGAGAAGCUGAGCAAUCUGCGGGUCACCCCAGUGAGCACCUCUUCAUAUGUGAGGAGUGUGGGCGCUGUAAAUGUGUUCCUUGUACAGCAGCUCGCCCUCUCCCCUCCUGCUGGCUGUGCAACCAGCGUUGCCUUUGCUCUGCUGAGAGCCUCCUUGAUUAUGGCACUUGCCUCUGCUGUGUCAAGGGCCUCUUCUACCACUGCUCCACUGAUGAUGAAGACAACUGCGCUGAUGAGCCCUGCUCCUGUGGGCCUAGCUCUUGUUUCGUCCGCUGGGCAGCAAUGAGCCUCAUCUCCCUCUUCCUACCCUGCCUGUGCUGCUACCUGCCUACCCGUGGAUGCCUCCAUCUGUGCCAGCAGGGCUAUGAUAGCCUCCGGCGACCAGGUUGCCGCUGUAAGAGGCACACCAACACUGUGUGCAGAAAAAUAUCUUCUGGUAGUGCACCCUUUCCCAAAGCUCAGGAAAAAUCUGUAUGA